GUAAUGCCAGGGCUGGAACCCAGGACCUCACACCUGCCAGUCUAGUGCUUUGCUCACUUUGCCCCACCAGCUCCCGGGCUGCCCCUCCAUUUUCUCUCUCUCCCCUCUAGCUCCCCGGAUGCAGACACAGGUGCUGGCCCCAAGCUGCUCUGGACGACGGGAAAUGAGAAUGGUCCUCCGCCCCCUUCCCAGAGCUCAGCCGCAAGGUUUGUCCCCCAGUUUGCAAAGCCCCAGAGGACGUGGGCCAGGCCUGCAGAGACGAGGGCAGAGAACCCACAGAGCCCGGAACUCGAACCCAGCGCUGGGGAAACAGGAAGUCAGCCGGCUGAAGAGGAGGCUCCCGGGCUCUCAGACCUGAGCGGGGCUGUGGAAGGUCCAGGGCAGCUCCAGGGAGGCCCCCAGCUUCCCUCAGCGGCCCCCCAAGUCCUCCCAGAGCUGGGGACCCCGCCCCCGGCCACAGAGCCCACCAGCCAGGCCCUUGGGGGGGAGUGGGGGCUUCUUCCCAGCUGCGAUGCCCCAGAGAAAGUUCCAGACCCAGCAGCCACUCAAGAGGGAGAGGCUCCCCAGGGAAGCUGGGCCCAGAAGAUGGAAGAGAGCCCAGCUUGUAACUCUGCCUCCAGGCAGCCCUCCAGGAGCCGCCCCCUUCAGUGCGCCCCCAAUGAUGUGGACAAGGGGCUCCCUGAGCCAGAACAGAGAACCCCAGAAGAGCCCCCCCUCUCCCUGGGGAAUCCAGGAGGCCACCCAGGGGAGGCAGGGAAGGAGGACGAGCCCCCCAGCCACCUUUCGGGGGAUCCUCCAGUCUCCCCAUCUGUGAGGCCUGAGAUCUCUCAGCCCGAGAGCGGAGGGGCCCCAGACCUGCAGAUGGGCCUGGGGGCACCCCAGAUGCAGGAUGCAGGCCCGCAGGGAGCCGUGUGCACCCCACAUCUGCCACCAGCGUCCCCUGAAAUAAAGUCUGCCAACAUAAGCCCCCUAAGCCUCGAACCCGAGCUUCUGCACCUCAUUCUGUCCCCGGGGACCCCUGCCCCACCGCCAGACACUCCUCCCAGGGAGACCGGCUCUGGCCAGGGUCCCCCAGACGCCCCCACGGACUGGCAGGAGCCACCGCUGGACGUUGCAGACAUGGCCGCCCUGUGGGGGGGCUCUCCGGGCCAGGAGCUGGACUUCCCGCCUGACAGCCCAAUGGGGGACGCCCCUGAAGGCCCGGCUUCUGAAACCCCGUCGGAGCAGAUGCCAGCAGAGGGCAGGUGGGGAUCCCCCACCCAGGAGCAACCCCCCACCCAGGUCCGGCGCAGCCCCCGAGUGGAGGACCCCGUCUUGGAGGAUGCCAGCGACAUCGUGCGCGGCCUGGUGGUGGAGCUGUCGAAUCUCAACCGGCUUAUCAUGAGCUCUCAGCGUGACCUGGAGGCCUUCCGGCGCCUCAGCUCCCGGAGGGGCUCCUUCACCUAGAACACCCCCUCAACCCGGGGCCCAGCCCCCCACGCCAGUCCAGGGCCCCCCAUCCAAGAACCCCAGAGUCCCAGGGGCCUCCAAGCUCUGCCCUACCCCAGGUUUAUCUAUUUCUCAGACGGAAAAAGAGGUCCCUUCAUGUGUGUUUGUGGGGGCCUCUUGGUACACCCCCCCCCCCCGAUUUCCAUCUUCUCUCCUUUCAAUUUGUCAAGGCCAGACC